CGGAAGCCUUGUCUAUGAGGUGAUCUGCUCUCCCCACAUCCCGGCCCAGAAAGGUGGGCAUUCCUGCCACUCCCACUCUGCAGCGGGGUACACCAAGGUCCCUCAAGGGCAGUGACUUGCUCACACCUUAGUGGGCCAGCGGCUGAGCUGGAGUGAGGCGCCCUAGUUCCCAUCCACACCUCCACAGCUGCAAGGACAGUUCCUGCUGGCUGCGACGUGGGGCUCAGACUAAAACAAGUCAAUGAGAAUGUCCUGAGACUGUACUGCUCCCCAGGCCUGAGCGUGAGGGGCCAAAGGGAGAGGAGACGACACAGACGGGCUCAACAGCCAAGGGUUGCCUGCGGCCUGCCCUCCACACCCACCGACAGCGGGUCUGGCCCCACAGACAGCGGAGCUGGGCCUCAGCUUGCCCCUGCCUUCAGGGGGCAGCAUCGCUUGUCCCUGGACUGUGUUGAGACCCUCCACUUGCACCUUCUCAUCCCCCGUCCAUCUUGCAUACGUUUGGCGUUCAGAUGACUCUUCCUAGGUGUUGUGAAACAGAUCUUCCUAGGGCCCAGCUGUAACCUUGCUUUCCCAGCUCAACAACCUUCAGUGGCUCCUCAUUGCUUUGCAAAUUAAGAACUGAACGGUCUUCUUCAGCUCAGCACACAGGGCUGCUGAAUAACCAGAAUCCAGUCCAUCAUUUCCCCUCCUUCCCGGCAGCUGCCUCAUCGAAACCCAGCCCUCUGCCUUCCCAACGCGCUCAGCAGGCACCCUCUCAGCAGGCAGGGCCCCAUCACCCCAGACAGCCAGCUUUCCCUUUGUACCCGUCACAGCAUCACGUGUAUAAAAGUCAGGUGAGACCAAGUGCUGGUGAAGGUGUGGGGAAACAGAAAUACAGACAGCACUUGUGGAGCAUGAUUCUGAAGCUCUUCGCGAAGGAACGUUUGGGGAAGCACGUGCUGGAAGCAGAACAGCGGCAUGGAGCCUGCAGAGAGCUGAGGGUGGAGAUGAGUGUGGCUGCCCGGGCUGCUGUGCUGUUGACCUCAUACGCUUUCAAAAUGGCAAGCAGUGCAGGUGUGAAAUGUGACACUGUUUCUACCAAUGAAGACAGAGCAGGUACGUGGGGCAGCACAGGUGAGAUCAGGACAGGAAGGAUUGGAAUGAGGAAUGAAAGGAGGAAGAAAAUCAGGUAAAACUGAUUUAAAAUGGAUGUUCUCUUAAACUUCCAAAAGAGUUGAUUAAAAGGAAAGAAAACAUGCAGCAGCGGCCGUGGUCUGCCCUCCCCCCCCUUCUGCGGAUUAUCCCCACUCACUCCUCAGCUCUGAUUCCCGGGACAUCUCUUGCUGCCAGCCCCCAUUGAGGCACUGGGACACCGGUAAGGAAGGCUUAGGCCCUGCCAGGCAGCUCCCUGUCCAGUUGAGAAGGGCACUGGGGUCCCUGGAGGGUGUUUACUGGGGGUUCCAAGGUGGUUCAGGGUACAGGGAAGAGGAGGCACAGCAGGCGCAGGAGUGGAGGGGGCCUGGGGACAAAGUGGACAGAGAGGUGGCGGGCUUGGUGGUGGACUGCCUGCAAGGAAGGAUGGCUGUGGGUUGGAGGCAAGGGGGGUGCCCCCAAAGAGACCGGAAGGCGACAACCUAUUCACUUGGAGAGGCUUUGCUUUUCUGGAUGGGGGAUUCCUUCUGUCCCCAAAUCCUGACAUGCCCAGCGGUGACCAGAAAUCUCGGACCUCAGUCCUGGGAAGGCCAGAAACCUCAGUUGAAGGCUGCGGCUUCCCGGGGUCAGCCCCAGAGGGCGAGGAGCGCGCAAGGCGACCUCCCCCUGCCUUGCCGAGACUGUCCUUGGGCUGUGAACUGCCGACCGCUCUGACCUGCGGCGCAUCGAAACGCGUUAAGCCGCUAAGGCAGCGAUUCCCGCUUGCGCCUCUGCCAGCAAUUCUAUCUCCAAGCUGGGCCUCGCCAGUCACCUGGACGCAGGGCUUCCCUCCUGACCGACCCCGCCAACCGCACCGAGCACAGAGGCACUGGCCUGGGCGAGUUCGCGCAUCCCGGUCCGACCCUGCGCCUUAGCGUCAGCGAUCUGCCCAAUUGCCUACACCCGCGCCGCGCGGCCCAGGCUUCGCCGCUGCAGUUGUCGGGAAAGUCGCUGGGACCCGGCGUGGGAGGCUCAGAGUGUGGACUCGCCAGCCUCUGCCCGGUGCCUGGCAGCCGCGCUCCCCGCAACCCGACGGCCGGUGCCAGGGGAAAAAGGCGCGCUGUCCUCGCUUCGGGUCCACCGCCCCGCUUCGCCCCCAGCCCAGGCCCGGCGCGGCGGCGAGUGGAAACGCCGUUCUCACGCGCGCCCCCCAGAGGCAGUGGGAAGACACCCGCGAGUGCCCUGCGCCUGGGAGUGCCCAGCCUCUACUCCCAACAGCCUGGAACCGUCAGGGACGCGUAUCCUCGGCAGUUACAGGAUCAGAGACCCGAGGCGCCUCCUCCAGGGCCACACAACCCUGGAGCGGAGAGAAUUAGAACUCAGACUCAGAGGAAGCCCGCCAGACCUGAGGGAGAUAAACUGAACUGCCCCCAACCUGGACAGGCGCGUGGCAGGACUGGCAGGAGUGGUCCAGGGGCCACUCACAGGCCCUAGGGAGCUUGCGAGAAUUGGAGGGCCAUCGGACAAGCACUCCUCCGCUUUGUCUUUUUAUCUGGCCCUUCUUCUGGCCUCAAUUUCCUUAUCUGUCAAAAGCGCCCUCGGGUAGAUGGUGUCUGCCCCAGGGCUAGUGCUCCAAACGAAUCCCGCGCUCUUUCCCAAUUUCCUUGGCCCAGCCCCCUCUGGCUGGGGUACUUCUACUCCCUGGAGUGUCUCUGGCCCUGGACACCUCAGGGAGCGCGGCUUGGGAGACCUCAGCUUCCCCCUAAGAUCCCAACUCGCUCCACUUUGGCUUAGUGGCCUCAUGCACAAAAUGAGGAGAGGAGCCCCCAUCUGUGUGGCUGCCUCCAGGCUAAACAAUCUGGGGAGUCUCUGUCAUCGAUUAUUUUUGCCCCUCCUGGGCUAGGAUGCCAGGAGAUGGGCUGAGACUCUUGUCCUAGACUCCCCGGAAAAGUCCUCCUACCCGAGGUCGCGGCAGCCACUGAGCACUAGGUCCUUUCUGGCAGCCGCCAGAAAGCGCAUCCAGGACCCGCUCCCAAGAGCUGCAACCGUUUUGUCUCUGCUAACCCCAGCCGCUCUCGGAGCACCGCCGCCCCACCAAUCCGCCAGACUCCGGGGCAUCGGUGCGGGGCGGACCCGGAACUCCAGGCUUUCCGGAGCCGGGCUCACCUACCCUCCGGGGGAGUCUCUCCUAUUUUCUCUCGUCAGUUUUCUCCGCUGAAAAAUGGGGGUGAUGCUCCCUCCACCGUGCUUGUUUGGAAGAAUGAAGCAAAGCGGAAGCCCCAGGCCUGCGGUUACCUCCGGGAACGCGGGCGGUACCCGGAUGGUCGGGAGCCCGGGGCUGGCCCUAGGAGGAUGGAUGUAUCGCUUGGAAAUAACCCGCAUCGGGUGAAGCUGGCUCCACCCGCGCGUCCGCGCAGCGAUCUCUUCUAGGUAAGCCCGAAGUUUACCCCGGAGCGGAGACAGCUCCAGGGUGCGUUCUGUUCCGAACUUCCCCCUGCAGAAAUGGGAGGAACUCCCCACCCCUUUAGAGCGAAGAAACGGAGCCAAGGACGAGGGAUGGGGCCUGCCCCGGAGACCUCCGCCCAGGGCAGAGGCUGGGCCGGAAGCUCCCACCCCCUUCGAAGGCCCGGGCUACCCGGGAGCGGCCGGUGGCGGAGCGGGCGCGGUGAGGACCGGCGUGACGUGGAGCGGGCUGCCCGCGGAGCCCCGCGGUUGGACUUCCUUCCUUACUGGUCCUGAGCCCGGGAACUGGAGAGUUCUACCGAACUACAUUUGGCACUGAAACCAUCUUUGAUGAAGUGCGAAUAUUCAGCCAUGCCACGUUUUCGCGGUCGUGUUUGGGCAGUGUUCCCAUUUUUAAAUGACACGCGGGGUCUAAUAAAAAUAUGUGGCCCAGCCUCCUGCAGUUUCUUGGGAGCCCCGGGGUCUCCAGGCCCCUACACACACGCACAGCCAUUCACACGCACACUCGUGCACACACCACGCGCGCGCGCACAGUUACUCGCGCUUGGUCCAACACCCUCCUCGCGGCGGGGUAAUUACGACUCCGCCGAACGGUGAUUGGCCAGCCCGUUCCUCAGCGGGGCCCCACAGCCAAUGGACGGCCGCUCAGCCCAGGCCCCGCCCCCCCCGGAGCGGGUGGCGCGGGCCGGGGAACCGAUCACGCGGGGCCGGACCCGGAGCGACACCCACCCCGCCCUGAGCCCGGGGCCACCCGCCCUCGGCUGCGCCGCCGCCCGCGCGCUCAGGUCGGGGCAGCGUCUCCCGGCAGCGGCCGCACUCGGGGUCCGCGCUGCGUCCUCGGGGCUCGGCGGGCCGCGCCCCCCGCCCCUGCUGGCCCCUCCCCCUCCCCGCCCCCAGUGAGGCCGCCCGGGCGGCGACCGGGACCGCGACCUGAAAGGCGAGCCAGGCGGCUGCCCGAUCGGCUGUCGGCGCGCACUCGCUCCUGCCCAGCCCAGCCCGGAGGCCGCCGCCUGCCCCGCGGGGCCCGACGCCAGCGCUCCGGGCAGCGGCUCCGGGGUCGGCCCGCGCGUGCGCCGGGAGCCGCGCGCCACCAUCCCCAGCGGGGACCGGGGUCGGUCGCGCCCGGGCGACCCGGAGGAGCCCGGCCGAGCCCGAGCAGCCCGCGGCCGCGAUGCCUGACGAGCUGACGGAGCCCGGGCGCGCCACGCCGGCCCGCGCCUCCUCCUUCCUCAUCGAGAACCUGCUGGCGGCCGAGGCCAAGGGCGCGGGGCGCGCAGCGCAGGGCGACGGCGGCCGGGAGGACGAGGAGGAAGACGGCGACGACCCGGAGGAUGAGGACGCGGAGAAGGCGCGGCGGCGACGGCUACAGCGGCGGCGACAGUUGCUCGCGGGCACCGGGCCCGGCGGCGAGGCGCGGGCCCGGGCGUUGCUCCGGCCGGGCGCGCUGGGCCUUGGUCCCCGGCCGCCCCGUCCUGGGCCGCCCUUCGCUCUGGGCUGCGGAGGCGCAGCGCGCUGGUACCCACGGGCGCACGGCGGCUACGGAGGUGGCCUCAGUCCUGACACCAGCGACCGGGACUCACCCGAGACAGGCGAGGAGAUGGGCCGUGCUGAGGGCGCCUGGCCGCGAGGCCCCGGGCCAGGAGCGGUGCAGCGGGAGGCGGCGGAGCUGGCGGCGCGGGCCCCGGCGGUCGGCGUGGAGGAGGCGGCGGAGCUGGCUGAGGUCCCUGCGGCGGCCGGGGAGACACGCGGUGGCGUUGGCGUGGGCGGCGGCCGAAAAAAGAAGACGCGCACUGUCUUCUCCCGCAGCCAGGUCUUCCAGCUCGAGUCCACCUUCGACCUGAAGCGCUACCUGAGCAGCGCUGAGCGCGCUGGCCUGGCCGCCUCCCUGCAGCUCACCGAGACGCAGGUCAAGAUCUGGUUCCAGAACCGCCGCAACAAGUGGAAGAGGCAGCUGGCGGCCGAGCUGGAGGCGGCUAGCCUGUCCCCGCCGGGAGCGCAGCGCCUGGUCCGAGUGCCGGUGCUCUACCACGAGAGUCCCCCGGCCGCGGCCGCCGCCGGGCCCCCGGCCACGCUGCCCUUCCCGCUGGCGCCCGCCGCUCCCGCGCCGCCCCCGCCGCUGCUCGGCUUCUCUGGGGCCCUCGCCUACCCGCUGGCCGCCUUCCCGGCCGCCGCCUCCGUGCCCUUUCUGCGGGCGCAGAUGCCAGGACUGGUGUGAGCCCCGCCUGCCGGGCCCUCUCCCCGUGGCCCCCAUGGACCUCUGUGGACGUGCGAUCCGGUGGCAGCCACAGGGCGCAAGCGGCGUUAGGGGAGGGAUGGCCGCUCCUGCGGCCUCCCGGGCACCUCGGGAGCGCGGGCCGCAGCCGGACGGGCCUCAGCCCCUGUGGGGAGCGCCUCUAGAAUGUAACGGGAUGCCCCACCCAGUUGCCAGUCUGGAUCCACCCUCGAACAGGGGGUAAUGCAGAGAAUGGACGGCACAGCCCUCGGCUCCAUGGCCUCCCCGAGCCUCAGCGAGGCUCACGGCCACGGGGGCAGCUACCCCUAGGACAAGUCCAGCGCAGCAAAGGAAAACUACGAAUCGGCUGUCAAGGCUGCGCAGAUACUGUCCCCACAGACUGCCCCCAACACUAAACGUCCCUUUCCUGGGACCCAGACAGCAGGCCAACCGGAGGGCCGAGCCACCCCUCCCGCGGGCGCCGGUGGAGAAAUUACCCUGGACCUGUGGUCCCCACGUCCGGUCCGUGAGCAGGCAGGCUCCCUCCAGGCGCGAGGCCUCCAGGCUGUUGUUGUUUUUUAAAAAAUGAAUCUACUUAUUUGCGUAUGGAAUAAAAAGGGACAUUUUCUGGACAGUUUCA